AUGGUGAGAGACCAGAACCCGUCGUCGCGGCUCCCGUUUCCGAUACCCGUGAGAACAGACGCGUGGCGGUGUUGUAAGAAGAGAGAAUUGGAAGUGCGGAGACGUUGCGGUCUGCAGUCCGACUUUGCCGACUCAACAGAAGAGGGGGGAAAAGGCGGUGGCUCCGCCUCUCCUGGACGCUCGCACUUCCGCAGGAACGAGAAAGAGAAAAAGCCACGUCGCCUGCGCGAGGACUUGCUCGCCUUCUCGUUGCUUCCGGAAGUGAAGCAACGCGGAACUGCAAAACUGAAUGCCCGUGCUGAAUCGCAGAACGGCAGGAAAGGCGUGCUUGACUCGCAGCAAAAGCUCGCAGAAGUCUCGUCUUCGAGCAGACGAAACGACCGAGAGGAAACGGGGAACUUGACGCGACGGAUAAGUCGAACAGGGGGAAGGCUGGGAACUGUCCUGACAGACUGCCCAGAAUGCGGGGGAAGCUGCCUUGAGGCGCUGCCCGCCGGGUGUAUGUACACCCUGUUCGCUUUCUUCGAUGUCAGUGAAGUGGCGGAGCUUAGGCUGCUUUCUCGGACCGUGAAGGCGGUGGUGGAUUCGCCCUGUUCUUUGCGCGGCUGUUCGUCCUUGACGGUGACGUCCAAACUGGCGGCCACUGCGCGGGGCGGAGGCGACGUCCUAGCCAAGCAGCGCCUGCCAUCCGUUUCGACAGUUUCUUCUGUGUCUGCGUUUUGGUGGAGGCUUCUCGACCGGCCGCCACACGUGCGGCGCCUCGUCGUCUGCCGAGACGCUCUCGGCUUUUGUGAAGGGGAGCGAGCCGCCUUCUCCCCGUCCCACCCGCUGCGGUUUCUCCUGCUCCUGCUCCACCACAAUGCCGCGCUCCUCGACUGCGUGAAAGUGACUUCCCCGGAUCUCCAGUGCCACCGCCUCGUCGACUGGGGUGUCCUGACACCGCACGCGCGACCCGAAGUCGCGCCUCGGUCUCGGGACACCGAGCGACAUGGCGGACACUCUGGGACUUUGCCUGGCGUUUCGCGGGCGAUUCAGACCGGGGACGAGACUGAGGAUGGCAUGCGAGAAGGGGCUGAAACAAGUUCCGGCGAUGUUUCAGACAAAGGCGACUUGUCUGAAGAGGGGGGCCAACAGACCAGGGAACGCCACUUGUCGGAGACGCCCCGUUUCCUCCACAUACGUCGUUCUCUCUCACACCAAGAGCGUAGCUCUGACCUUGUGGAAGACGCAGACUCAGCAAGUCCGGAGUUAGCGAGUGGCACGCGGUCGGAGACCUCCCUUUCUUCCUUGCUCCGGGGAGCGUCGUCGAAGCGAGUAUCUCUUCCCGAUUGGUUUCGCCGCGAGUCGAGUCCGCCUUCUCCCUUGUCUCGGAGGCUCCUCUCCUCCCUCUUUCCUGACGGCUUCUCUGCCCGCGGGUUCUCCAACUCUCCGGGGUUCGCGUCUGUCGGUGACGCCCGUCACUCUGUGGUGUCUGCUGCGAGUCCGCGCCAUAAUGAAGGCCCUUUUUCCGCUGCUCCUCCUACGCUCGCGGCGCCGCUUUCUCUCCCCGCCACUAUGUUCCCCAAAUUGACUUCUCUCGCACUUGCGGGGUGCCACGCCUUCUUGUGGCUGCGACUCUUGUCCUCUUCUCAGUUCCCGUCCUGUGAGACUUUUUCCCUUGUUUGCCAGUGUUCGCGGGUUCACGUGUCGCUGGCACUCGACGUUGACGAGGAACAGACGGACGCGGUCUCGCUGAAGAAUCCGGACGUCUUGGCUGCCGGAAGUCGGAGGCGGUUGUCUGGUCUGCACGGAUCCUCAUCGACCGAAGCGGAACUGACUCGAAUGCUUCUGUCGAUGCCGAUCCUGCGGUUCCUCCGACUAGAAACCCGCCUCCCCGUGACGCGCCGCGUCUGGCGCGCUGUCCUCGGGUGUACGUACACCGCUCCCACCGGGGAAGAACGGCGGUUCACCGGCUUGCCGCACCUCACGGAGCUUGCAAUCCGGGACCGAUCUCUUAUCCACUUUGCGGACGUCGUCCACGAAAUGGCCAACUCGCCUGAGCUUCUCUUUUCUGAGUCUUUGGAUAGGCUGCCUUCUAGCGAACGAGCGUCUCCGGCUUCUUCCUAUUUUCCCUCUGAGACAAGACCUGCCGUUGAGGAGGAGCUCGGCCGAGUUCCCGACGCAGAGACGUUACGGCCACAUUCAGAGCGAGCUCCCCGUUUCGCAGGAGAACGUUUAGGGAUGCGUCCAAAUGUCCUGACCAGCAGUCGAAGCAGGUGUCACUUGAAGAGGCUGUACAUGGGCUCUCUAGGAGGAGAGCUAGGGAAGAUUCCGUCCGUGGCUCUGGCAAGCUUGGAGGUUCUCAUGCGCGCGUUUCCCGACUGCCAGUUCGUCCUUGAUAGCUUUGCAGCUGGAUGCAUACAUCCCGGAGAUGCGCAGGAGGAAGACAGACACAGAAGACCGGAGGACGAUGUCGCGCAGCUUCUGCCGCGAAUCCUCGGAUAUGUUCAACACAUUCGACUUAACUUCGACGACCCCGACUGCGACAUUCCCCUUCUACAAAACAGCUUCGCUUCAGACACUCGAACCAGUUCCUCUUUCGUCUCCUCGCCGGCUUCUGAGUCUUCGCCUUCUUCUCCUUCGUCAUCUUUGCCUUCCCCUUCAUCUUCCUCUUCGCAUCUGUCGCUUGCACCCUACGCGAGGCGAGUGUCUGUGGACUUCCUGCACUUUCGCCCCGACACCCACCAGGGUCUCUUCCACUGUCGCUUCGGGUCGCUGCCCUCCUCUCCUUCGUCUCCGUCUUCUCCCUUUUCUCCUUCUUCAUCUUCUUCGCUUCUUCCUGAGAACCACGAGCGGGGUCGAGGCCGAUGCCGUUUGCCGUCGUUUUGUGUGGAGGGGCUUCCAGAACCGGAGAGCUCCCCCUCACGGUCUCCGUCGCGGUCGCGGGUCUCUGAUGAGUCUUCAGCGGGGAGACUCAGAGAGGCUUCUCAUUCUUCUGCGUCUCUCUCGCAAACGCCCCUUCUUCCUGGGAGCUGGACCUCUUCUCCGUCUCGUCUACGGCAAGGCAUGGGGGCCCUUUUCGAGCAGUCGACAGGAACAGGCGCUUUUGAGGAAGCUGCUCCUCCCCCAAGUGUCGUAAACAACAAGGACGGAGGCCGCCAGCAGACUGUGGUCGAGAGCCACGUUUUGCCAGUCCUGCGUUCCGCGGCCUUCCCGGCUUUUCUUUUGGCGCCUCAGCGACCGCCACGGCUUCUCGGCUUCGCGAGCAGCGAGCGACGGCGGCGAGAGGGACGCAGAGACGCCCGAGUCGCGGAAGAGCGAGAAGACUGGGAGCCUGCUGCCAGUCGCAUGCUCAGCGAACAACCCCGAGGGCCUUCUGGGGAGACUCAGAGGACGGAGGAGGCGCAAGGCACGGCUGAGAGGAGACAGGAGAGACGCGGAGACACCGAGGGAGGCCUCAGCCGGCGGCGCCGGUCGUCCAGAGGAGUCGUCAGGAGCUUUCUCGCGCGACGACGCCGAAGAACACAGAAACGGAUUGACGUAGAUCUCUUGCAUGCAUUGUGCAGAGACAAAGAUUUGAGGAGCAAAGUCAAGGGCGUCGAACUGCAGCUCGAGGAGUUGGCCGAUGCUCCGCGGUCUGCCAGCCUCGUGUGGGCUCUGGUUGACUUGCGAAGGAAGCAUCGCGAGAAGGAGCAAAGUCGCGGCCCUCUCGUACAUGAAGCAGCGAGUGAAGAAAGACGGCGCGCUGCCGAAGGCACGGUGUUCAUUCCAGAGGUCUCUCCGGAGUUCUUGACCGCGAAUGAGACUGCCUCAGAGAGACACAGAGAAAAGAAACCCGCGAGCGGACUAACGGAGUCGCAGGUAACGGGUGAGAGGCAUUGGGAGGAUGCGUGCAAGUGUGAAUGCGAGAGAAGGGAACAAACGGCUGAGAAGGAAGGUCGAAAUGAAGACGAGGAGGAAGUCCUCGAGCCACCACGUCUGGAGCUUCUGCGGAUUGGCAACCAUCGUUUCGGCCUUGAUGAAAUUCCCUCUGUGCCUUCGGUGAAUGGACAUUAUGGUAUUGGCCGGAUGGAUGAGAAUCCAGACGUCGGGGCUGCUGGGGCAGGCUCACCGUGUGGUUCGUCUUCGGAAUUGUUGAAUUCGGCUGCUUCAGAAGGCGAGAAAAUCGCUGCGCUAUUCAGAGAACUCUUGGUCUGGUACCCCGAGGUGGAGACAGUUGAGUUGGAGGUUCCGCCUUUUCUGUUCGACGACGAGGAAGACGAAGCCUGGCGGGAAGAACCCCUGCAACUUCAGGCGAUGGAGCGCCUUCUGAACGCCCUCGGCUUCGCACGGUCAGCUGUAGAGACACUCGGCGCCAGCAUGUACGAGCACGUCGUUGUCUUCCGCCGAAGGACUAGGACGCUGUGAUGAGGAACAAGGGGGAUGAAAUCGUUAAAAUACCAAUUAUGACUCGCCACGAGAUACACAGACAACAAGGUUCGUGAUGGCUGCUGAUGUUGCAGCAUUUAGGAUACUGCAAGGGACUCUAUUUACAAGAUAUACAGACAACCAAGGUAUUUAUGACUUCUGUACGCCACCCCAUCGGACUGUUAGGAGGAGGCGAAAUUAUGGGAUUUGACACUGAGAUGGACAGGCCGAGAGGUGGGACACCAGGGUGAACAGAAAGCAGGUGUCUUUGAAUUUGAGAUGAGCAAACGAAGAGGCGAAAACCAGCUA